UGAGCGCGCGGGGGUCUCCCGCGUCCGUGCCUCGGCCGGCGGAGCGCCCACCCCACCGUGGCUCCCGGAGCGCGGGGCGGCGCCACCCUCCGGCCGCAGCGCGGCACUGCACGGCCGCCUGCGACUUUCGAUGUUCCACACUCCCGGGCCGGAGCCUCGGCGGCGGCGGCGGCAGCUUUUUUUUUUUUCCCCGCUCCCCCCCCUCGGUUCUCUCCCCCCCCUCAGCUGCCUCCAUUUCCUCAAGGAAGGCUCCACGGCGCUCUCCCUCCCCCACAGCGUAGCGGCGCACGAGCGGGCCGGGCGGGCGGCCGAGAAGUUUUCCCAGAGAUCACUUAACCAAGAUGUCCAGUGAUAGGCAGAGGUCGGACGAUGAGAGCCCCAGCACCAGCAGUGGCAGUUCAGAUGCCGACCAGCGGGACCCUGCAGCUCCAGAGCCUGAGGAACAGGAGGAGAGGAAGCCUUCUGCUACCCAGCAGAAGAAAAACACCAAACUUUCCAGCAAAACGACUGCUAAAUUAUCCACGAGCGCUAAGAGAAUUCAGAAGGAGCUAGCUGAAAUCACUCUUGAUCCUCCUCCCAACUGCAGUGCUGGGCCUAAAGGAGAUAACAUUUAUGAAUGGAGGUCGACUAUACUUGGUCCACCAGGUUCUGUAUAUGAAGGUGGUGUUUUUUUUCUGGAUAUCACGUUUUCUUCAGAUUAUCCAUUUAAGCCACCAAAGGUUACCUUCCGCACCAGAAUCUAUCACUGCAACAUCAACAGUCAGGGAGUCAUCUGCCUGGAUAUUCUAAAAGACAACUGGAGUCCUGCUUUGACUAUUUCAAAGGUUUUGCUCUCUAUUUGUUCCCUUUUGACAGACUGCAAUCCUGCGGAUCCUUUGGUUGGCAGCAUAGCCACUCAGUAUUUGACCAACAGAGCAGAACAUGACAGGAUAGCCAGACAGUGGACCAAGAGAUACGCAACAUAAUUCUCAUAAUUUGUAUGCAGUGUGAAGGAGCAGAAGGCCUCUUCCCACUGUGCUUCGGAUCUUUAUAGCCUUUACAAUACGGACUUCUGUGUAUAUGUUAUACUGAUUCUACUCUCUGCCUUUAUCCUUUGGAGACUGGGAGACUCCCCCAAAAGGUAAAUGCUAUCAAGAGUAGAACUUUGUAGCUGUAGAUUAGUUACGUUUAAAAUGCCUACUUGCAAGUCUUGCUUCUUUGGGAUAUCAAAAUGUAUUUUGUGAUGUACUAAGGAUACUGGUCCUGAAGUCUACCAAAUAUUAUAGUGCAUUUUAGCCUAAUUCAUUAUCUGUAUGAAGUUAUAAAAGUAGCUGUAGAUGACUAGGAAUUAUGUCAUUUGUAUUAAGCCCAGAUCUAUCUCUGAGUAUGUGGUUCAUGCUGUUGUGAAUAUGUUUUACCUUCCCCCUUUGUCAGUUUGUAAUGAGAGGAUUUCCUUCUACCCUUUGUAGCUCAGAGAGCACUGAUGUAUCAUCUCAAACACAAUAAACAUGCUCCUGAAGGCAUAGUUUCUUGUCGUAAUGUUGAAAGUCUUGUCAGAAGGUGUGUCUGAGAUGAUUGUUGAUGAAAUAAAGAUGUGGCUAUGAAGAUUGAUUAUUAAGGACUAAUACAAAUGGAUGAAUUAUUAAAUUGAAAGCAUUUAAAAAUCUUAAGCGUGUAGAGUUUUUUCCUUUAAGGAGAGCAUAUAGUGGGCUUAAAUGUGAAGCUGGAUUUAAACCAUUGGUCUUUAAAAAACAAACAUGAAUUCUACAUUGAUGAUGUAAUAUUUGAGUUGAAAAUGAAGUCCUGGGAUAUUCAGGACCCGCUCCAUGUCUUACAGAGCAUUUUGUUUCCAAAUUGGUGAUGUCUAUUAAAAGUUGGGCAAUACUGUCAGAUAAUUGCUAUUCUGUGACUGCUUUUCUAUGGUGCUUUUCCCUUUAAUCCUGAUCUUGAAUUUUUAUGGUGCAUUACUGUUACUGUGAUCAUGGCCAGCAAGUGUAGCCAGAGGCGCAAAGGCCCUGUUUCCCUUAAGGUAGAGGUGUGUUCAUGUGCAGAUGUGGCACUCUCUGUUGAAGACAUACUAUUGUAAGGAUGUAGAGCUUAAAUAACUUCUAACUGUAAUUAUGAAGUGUACUGUUUAGCUUGUAAUUAUUAAGCUUUCUUAAGAGAAUUGUAAACAAUAUGAUUGUACUAUUUUUUUCCCCUGUGCCUGGAAUAAAUUAUCUGUGGUCAGUUUCUUUAUCGAUCCUAAA